AUGACGCUUCACAAAUUCGACACCAUAGAUGACAUCUUCCACGCGGCUUUAGAGGUUGAGAGGGAGCUCAAAGAGAACUCAUUCAUGGCUACCCAACCCAAGGCCACUAAGGGUUUCCAAAAACAUCCUCCAAGGUAUGAAGGCAGAGGUGACAAGGUUAAGGGAAAAGUUGAUACUACGAAACCAACAAAGAAUAGACAAUCUCCGCCUUAUAGACGACCGAUAGGUAUUCAAAUAUCUGAGGGUCGGUUUGUUGACGCGACAGCACAACCCUCAUAUUCUAGGUCGUCCGAGGAUUUGAUACCUACUCCUACGCAUGUGGGGACACUAUAUGGGUAUACACUGACUCAUUCUGCAUCUAUGAUCGUGCCACCACCAGCACAGUACUAUCAGAUGGCCGCUGGCCCCUCCAAACAUCUACUAUCAUCGAUACCCUCCUACAGCACUCACGCAACUUCACACAGUGAUUCUGCUGGAUCUAUUGGGUUGUUGGAUCUUCAGCUUGGAGGCACUCCAUCUGGUACUUCAGAUACGCCCACGCCAGUACAUCCACCAUCACUUACUAGGCAGCCAAGAGACAGAGAUGAUUCUGGGAAGAUUUAUCUUGUUCCAGUUGCGAGAGGGUUUAGGCUGGAUGUUGGAGUUGGACAAAAGGCGCGUAUAUGCAUUACUCGGCACUUCAACGGCUACUAGACCAGCUGGCAAA